AUGGCUGUCUGCCGUCGGUGGCGAACGGCGUUUGGUCCGUUACUCUAUCAGAACCUGGUCGUGACCAGCGCCGCGGCGAAUCUCCCAGAACAACCUCCGAAUAUCGCUGUCUACCUUACAGCGGAUCACCACUGGCUUAGGGCUUGCUCGACGGUCCUGGAUUCCCCCGAGAAUCCAACUCGGCAUGAAAACGACCGGGCCUUUCAGUCAGGGAUUUUUGAUCUCUUUGAGACAUUGGCCAACUGGAAAGCUGGGCUUCGGCGCCAUGUGAAAUUGACGGUCUGCGGCCGUACCGAGGGCUUCGAACCAAUUACCUGGCAAGCGAGGAGGCGGGCCUUUUCAGAAAAGGAUGGGGCUUUGGGGAUAUCGCUCCCAGAUGUACGCUGUAUUGACCGCCUUACCUUCCCUGAACGACCGAAGUAUCAUCAGAUCUGGGUCGGGGCCGCCAUUCGAAUCGCGCAGCACUGUCCUACUCUGUCCGCCCUGUCGUUGGGGCCGAAUAAGUAUAUCCGCCCUGACCAAUUAGAGAGCAUUCAAGCACGUCGCCAUGCGAUUUCCGACGGUCUCAAGCUCCUUCCACCCUCCUUGAAGGAGUUUAGCUUGUCCAACGACGACGAGAAACCCUGGAAAGACGCACUCCCGGCGUUGGAUGUGGUUGGCUCGCGACCCGAUACCAUGCCCUUGAAUCUUCGCCAAUUAAGCCUGUCGCUGACCAAACUGACCCUGGGUUCACUGCCCAUCGAUCCGGACUUCCUCUUCCCUCUCGAUGCCCAACCCAUCCGUUACCCGCGAGCAAAGGUCUCUCGUGGCCGCAGCUUGAGAACAGGCCAGUGGGUCGUCCACCCAUCUCCCCACGAACGAGAAUACUACGACGAGUACGAGUUCGACGAGACGUACAUGCUUUGCGACCCCUGCGAGGGAGAUAUAGAGCGUGAUAUUCUCGAAGCGGAGCACUUCCAUCGGCUCCUCAUCGCCUCAGGCCAUGCCGCGCGCCGGAUGCCCCGCCUGCAGAAACUCCAGUACGCUUUAAAUCACCAGUGCGAAUUCUGGUUUCAAUUCAAGAUCAAGGGCCCCGAGCGUGCCGAGUGGACCCUGACCUCGACCUUCUAUCAGCCCGACCACCGCGUGGCCGAGGCUUGGCGCUGCCCUUUGGUCGAGUUGUACGGCAAAGAGCCUCCCGCCGGCUGGGAAGUAUCACGGAUCUGGAACGAGCUGUCGGUGACCAUUGCCCCGUGGCCGCCGCGGUAA